AUCGGGAGUUGGCUCAGGGUAGGUUACAAAGGGAACGAGUUCUCCCGUAAUUGCAUAUUCGUCAACUACCCCUUCAUUCUUUCCCUACAUCGCGGCGCUUCAUCGUUUCUUACGCCCGGUAGGUUUCGGUUUUCAAGGGAUUUCUCGCUCAACACACUCGGGAGUCGAGCUUCGCACGCUUGAGCCAAGCUUUCACAAUGGCCGGCACGGAAUACCCUCCAAUUCCACGUUCAACCACCGUUACUUACGCGCUGCGCGUUCACGCUACUACCACAGCCGCCGCGUGCAUCGUUCUCCUGCUUGUAUACUGCUCAUCAGCCACCGCUCUCAAGCCCAUAUCGAGGCCGCUUAUAUCGAGGCCGUCUUCUGCUCGCCGCGGACGAGUCUCCCUCCGGACGGUUCUGCCUCCAGCUGUGCAAUUUCUAGCGACGCGGCGGGCGGAGAGAACAUCUGCGGAGAAACUACUAGCACCCGCGGAGCGAGCGGAAGCAGCGACGGUGGGCGGAACCAGUGGCGCUGACAGCCUGUCAACAGCUUUAGGGUUGAGCGGCGCGGCAUCUGCAGCCUCACUGCCGCAGACUGCGGCGGCGAACACGGCGGCUCUUACGGCAAUCUUCACGGCCGCGCAGCUGCCUAUCCCGGCAAACAAGCCGAACGCGUGCGCGUGGCCCGGCGUGACAUGCGCCGCGAAUGGUGCUGUUGUAAAGCUAUACCUCACGAGCAGCGUCAGCCGGCUCUUGCUCCCGCCGACGCCGCGCCUUUGCAACCGUACCGCGCGAGAACUAGGCGGGAAAUUCCCCGCGACUCUUUCCGCUUCUAUCGGCCAGUUGACGGAUCUGGUCCGCCUCCAACUUCCCAAUCUAUGGCUCGCUGGUUCGGUACCGCGAUCGCUUUCCCGGCUUACUAAGCUUCGGCUUCUCAAUCUCAAAGUUAACUGCUUCGCUGGUCCUCUUCCCGUCGCCUUUUUUCGCAUGCCGAAUCUCUACUCUCUGUCCGCGUCGCGAAAUUUCUUCUCCGGCGGGAUACCACAGCCUCCUGCUGCGUACGUCGCGAUAUUUUCGUUAUCAUAUCUGGAUCUCAGGAGGAAUUUUCUUUCCGGGCCGAUUCCACCUGCCCUUCUGGAAAUGGAUUUGGUCGAUCUUGCUCUGGAUCAGAACCGGCUUUCGGGUGACUUGAGCGGGCAGCAGAUAAAAGCUUCCUUCAUUGGCUUAAGCCGGAACAGGCUGUCAGGAAAUCUCAACAAGAUCCAGUUCAGCGAGUGGGUAAUCUUCAUCGACUUCUCUGAGAAUCUUUUCUCGGGCACCUUUCCGCAAAUCCUGUGCAGGAACUUGGCCUACCUCUUAGGCGUUAAUUUUUCACGUAAUCGCCUGACCGGAGCCGUUCCAGCAAAUUGUUUCAAGCCUGCAAAUGGGGUCCUGGCCUUCUCCUUGAGCCGCAACAACUUCUCGGGCAGCUUGCAGCCUUUUUCAAGCCUGCCCAAGGGCAUCUUGGAUGUGGACCUGGCAUUCAACAAGUUCGCAGGGAGAAUUCCCCAAGGCCUCACCACUUUACCCCAGCUAGAAUACUUAAACCUGCGGUCAAACUAUCUGACAGGCCCCAUCCCCCCCUUCUGCCAGGGCCAGCAAGCCCUUCUCUACCUCAACCUCGCCUUCAACGCCCUCUCUGGCCCGCCCACCCCUCUCUCCUCCCCCUCCUGCGCCCCCUCCCUCAACACCCUCUACCUCUCCUCCAACCAACUCUCCGGCUCCAUCCCCGCUACAAUCAGCUCAUUUAAAAGCCUCCAAUGGCUGCUUCUAGAUAAAAACGCCCUCACAGGGGCGAUCCCGGCUGGGGUGAGCGGCAUGCAGCAGCUGUGGGGACUGGGCGUGUCAUACAACCGGCUGUCGGGUCCCAUUCCCGCGGCUUGGCCGCGAACUAUCGGCCAGGUGCUGCUGGCAGGGAACCGGCUGUCAGGGGCUGUUCCUGCUGCUCUUAGCAAGCUGAAACGGGCUUCCUUUAAGCCAGGAAACCCUAACCUGUGCGGAACACCGCUGCCUGCUUGCAAAUAGAACCUCUCCUGUGUAUAAUAAUGUCACGAUUUGUGUGAUGCUACAGUAUUAAAGGAAUGGGCUGGUUUGUCGCACAAGUUCGAAGCGGAGACAGCAGCCUCCGAAUCAACAGCUUCAAGCAAAACCACGAUGCAGUUUCUGUUACCAGCGUCCUUCACACCAGACAACACCCCCGUCCCCACCAACCCAGCAGUGAGAGUGCACCAGCUGCCUGCUCGCCUGAUUGGUGCUCUCACAUUCUCUGGCCUCACGACUGACUCGGUGCUGCAGCAGAGAUCGCAGGAGCUGAGGAGUGCGCUGGAGAAAGCCGGGUACGGCAUUGCAGGGCAGUAUGUGCUCGCUCGAUACAAUGACCCGUUCACCAUUCCGUGGUUUCGCACGAAUGAGAUCUUGUAUCCGCU